GCGAGCGCUUUAUGUGUCCGCUUAGUUUCCGGUGUGAUCAAGAUGGCGUUAAAGGAGCUGAGCUCGUUGGAGAGGUUUCUAGGAUUAAAAAAGCCAAAUAAAUACAGCACGCAAGGAGGGAGAAAGAACCCUGUUCUCCAAAACAACAAUGGACCAGCAUUGACUGGUCUGGUCACUAUAGCGUCCCAUCUAGUCCGUGAGGCUAAGAGACCUGAGCUGCUAGGAGACAGCGCUGAACGGAGAGCUGUGGUCCAGCAAUGGCUCGAACACAGAGUAACACGAGUAGAUCACUGUUCUAAAGAAGAACUGAAAGUUAUUCUGAAGGAUCUUAACCAGUACCUGGAGGACAAAGUUUACCUGGCUGGGAACGUCUUUACCCUGGCAGACAUCCUCAUGUAUUACGGCAUUCACCACAUUGUUGUGGAAUUGGCUGUACAGGAGAAAGAGCGAUAUGUGAAUAUCACCAGGUGGUUUGAUCAUAUCCAGCACUAUCCAGGAGUACGACACCAUUUACCUCCUGUGGUGGUUUUGAGGAACAGGGUUUACCCAAGUGGUCACCACUGAAAGCCUUGAUAAUUACUUGCGGUUGUUAAAUAAUCCUGAAUUUAUUGUCACAGUAUGUGGUGUUUUACACCACAACCCUAAUGUUAAUGCAGACAGUCAGAAGAUGUAAUGCAGGUCUUGUCUGUUAUUUUGUUUGUUUUUGUUUUGUUUGAGCAACUUCAUGUCCAUUAGUAAUGUUAUUUUUUGGUAGUUUGUGGAAGGCUUAUUCAAAUGAUGUGGAUUAGAGGAACUUAAAAUCAACAAUGAGAAUAGUGGCUGUGGUUAGAUAAAGCUUUUGCAAAUAGAAAAGCAGUUAAUUGAAAUAAUAACCCAAAAAUGAAACUUGCAAAUAAGGUGGUCAUUAAUUAAAAUAUCAUGGAUAUCCCUCAUUUUACUCCACAAACAUCUUUCCUCUUUUGGCUUUUUCUGACGUUCUCCUCUUUCUCCUAGUCUCGGCACUGGUGUGGGCAGUACUCUGAGGUUUGACAGUAUGUCAUGUUCUUGCUCUGGGGCAGUGGGCAGACUACCAGCUGUAGCUGCACAGACAGCACUGGUGUGUUCUGAUUUUCAUGUGCUUUUCAAUCCAUCCACAAUCAAUGUGUCAUUUUCCCUAAAAUCCCCUUCUUUGAUAGCUGUGAAUUUCUUUAGACGCUUAAAGUAUUCAACCGCAUUAAUCCACCUCUGUUAUAUAAAUUACUGGCAAAGGUUUUUUAGUAUUUAAAAUAUGGUGGAAUCAGGCAUUGUUUAAGAUCUUUGUUUGUGUUUUCACAGCAAAAAUUGAAGCAUUUUUAUAAAGGGUUGAAGACAAAAAAAACUUUUCAAGUUCCAUGAGAACAUCACAGCUUUAUUGAUCAUAAAAAGGUUGACUUAAAACAUCCUUCUGGGAAACAUGUGGCCAAUCUGGUUUGGAGCUGCUCUGUCUGUAGCCUUUAUGGUGGAAAAUCCUCUUCUUAUGAAACGGAGAUGUGUUUUUGCACGUUUACUUAUCUGCUGUGCAUAUGCUGACAAAAAGAUCCCUCUGUUCUUUUUAUUAUACUUCCUUUCUUGUAAGCCUUCUUUAUGAAAUGUCUGCUGUUCUCAAGCUCAAGUUUGUGUUCUUUAAUGUCAACAGAAUGUUGUCCUGUGCCAAUAAAUGAAAAAGGGAAAACAGAA